AUGUCGAGCUCUACGUCCUCCAACAAGAUCUCCGCCUUCAAGGCUGCCCGGUGCGAUCUUCUCGUGGAUGAGAUCAAGUACGACAGCUGCGGACACUGUUUUUACACCAUGCUAGACCACUCGCUCGGGCGCACUGGCGACCGCCGCGCCGCGAGGCACCCAAAGUGCCCAAAGUGCGCCAUUGACGGUAAGUGUCUCGUCUGCCUCCAGCCCUGGGACGACUGUGCAGCAGAAGCCUGCCGGCACUGCGACACCUUUUUCGAGGAGGGGAUCUUGUACAGUCGUGUCAAGAAGCUGCAUGACUUGGGACUUGGUAUCAGAGAUGACCGACCAUCUUUGUUUCGGGUUUUGAGGAGUCGUGAGCUGGAGAUGUGGGAGCGUCGGUUGACCCGACCAGCACUUCCCAAAAAGAAGACAGUGACGGGCCCCUACAGGUAA